AUGGAAUCUAGCGAGUUGGUUGAUGGUGCUGAUGUGGUUAUUCCAUUGUCUUCGGUCAAGCAAGUCUCAGACAUGUAUGCUAACACGUUGUAUGGAUAUUUUCUGGGCAAACGGCUGGCUUUCCCCGUGGUGGAUUAUUUUGCAAAGAACAACUGGGUUAAAUAUGGUCUCUCUAGACUAAUGAUGAAUGCAAACGGGUUCUUUUUCUUUAAAUUCAAAACAAAGGAAGGGAUGGAUAAAUUGGUGGAGGAUGGCCCUUGGUUGAUUAGAAAUGUUCCGAUAAUCUUGAAGGAGUGGUCGGCCUCUGUCAAGUUGGAAAAAGAAGACAUAAAGGCUAUUCCUGUUUGGGUUAAGAUGCAUGAUGUGCCGCUAGCAGCAUAUACUGAGGACGGUCUCAGUUUGCUUGCUUCUAAGAUAGGGGUGCCUAAGAUGCUAGAUUCAUACACUGCUACAAUGUGUGUUGAGUCAUGGGGAAGAAGCAGUUAUGCUAGAGCUCUUAUUGAAAUUCAAGCCGGGGCUGAGUUAAAGAGGAGUGUUACAGUUGCAAUCCCUUCUUUACAGGGUAAUGGUCACACAAUGGUGGAGGUGAAAAUCGAUUAUGAUUGGGAGCCUUUAAGGUGCUCUUCUUGUUGCGUGUUUGGUCAUGAGGAUAACUCGUGUCCAAAGAGGCCUCAGGUCGUGCCGAGUGGGGAGUCUAGUAAGAAAAUUGAUGAUUUUCAGGUUGUGGGGGCAAAGAAGAAGAAAUCUACUAACCAAGGUCUUCACAUGAAAAAUCAAAAGCCUAAGGUAGUGUACAGACCAGUUGUAAACCCUAAACCAAUCUUGUCCUUGAAGAAGCCGGUGAACAAUCAGGUAUCAACGUCUAACCCCUUUCAUGCUCUUAAGGAUGAUGUUGGUGGACAGGGAGGUAGCACUGUGGGUCGUAUAGAGAAGAAUGAGAAAAAGUCGAGUGACAGGCAGGAUUCAGAUGAAGAGGAGGUCGAAGAGGUCUACAAUGAAACGAGUGCUUUUAUGACAUCGGAUCAUGAUGUAUAG